GUUCAGUUUUUUCUCAUGCAAAACGAUAACAUUAUUUUCCAAAGUGAUUUCGACCGGUCGGAAAAAAGGUUUAAGCCAGUAGUCAAGCGAAAGGGUUUCGAUUGUACUCCAGCUAAAUUUGGUCCUAAAGGUGAGAUUACCUGCUGGAAAUUUGUUGCUAGUUGCGAAGAUGCGACACACUAUUCAUGUAAAACAAAUGAAGAAUCAUCACCAUCUAAGACUUUUGAAGUGGGAUCUUUCAUAAGUAAACUGAAACUUCUUAACCCACCAAUUGAAGUGAACAAGACAUUGAUCUUCAGAUGUACAGCAUUUAUCGGUGUACCAAGAAAUUCCACUUACUUUGUAUGGUUUGAAAGAACCCGCAUUAGGGUAAAUGCAUUUCCACGUUCCGUGAGCGUUGAUCAAUAUGACCAUUGUAUCAAUGUAGCUGUGUCAAUUUUUAAUUAUACGUUAAAUUUCAGGAAUGCUGGCUCAACAACUCUUACAUGCUUUCUGGACGGCGAAACACUCUCUGAAAGACUCAUCCCACCAGUGAAAAUUCGUUCAGAAAAUAAUGGAAUUCAGAGCUACAUCAUAGUGAUGUUAAUUUGA